UAGCUUCUAAUAGCCUAGACAGACGACAUCGCUAAUUUGCAUUAGCGGCGAUGAUUUGCUUUAACUCGCGCAUUAAUUCAUUUUAAAGCAAAUUAGUAAUGCACAAAAAUUUCGUGCAUUUAGCUGAAUUUACCACAUUUGUGCUGGCAAUGCUGCCCAAAAAUGCCCGAUUUUUGCUAUUGUGAAUGUUAAUUGAUAGAAAGAAGAAGAAGAAAACGUCAACAAAUGAUAGAAAGGAAAGCGUUAGAGAAGAUGGCAGAAAUUAAGCAGCGAGUGGUUUGGACUAGCACUGAUGAAUGUGUGUUAAUUGACUUGUGGCGUGAGCGGGCCGAUGAUUUAAGACGUGCCAAGCGCAAUUUGCAUAUAUAUGCCGAUAUAUCUGUGCAAAUGGCACAUAAAUUUACUCCGAAGGAAGUCCAUAUUAAAAUUAGAAACUUAUCACAAAGAUACAGAGAAGAAAAGAAGAAAACUGGCCCAUCGGGGGGCAGCCCAUCGACGUGGAAAUAUUUUGAUGCGGUGCAUCAAAUCAUAGGGCUGACUGCAGCCAAUAAUGCAGAAAUUUAUGAAUCAUUAUUUUUAUUAUCAUUAAUCAGCUGUAUAAAUGCACAAAAUUUGUCGUCUGUCACUAUAAAAUUUCAAUGCGCAUUAUCAUUUCUUAAUGCCAAUUAAUUUUGUUCGUCUGUCUAGGCUAUAACAAAGCGCUUAAAGUAGCAGCCCGAAAAGAGGAUAAUAACGUAAAUUUCAGGAAAAUUCGCUGGCAACGAAUCUUGUUGGAAAUAAAGUUUCAUGAAGUUUGAAAUGACAACACUUCCAUCACUAUUUUGUUCUCCCAUCUCUUCUUCAUUUUCGUUACGUUCCUAAUCACUUAUAGUUUCUAAGGAUUUCAUUUAUGUGCUACACAUUCAGUCCAUUGUAAUAAAUCAAACGAAGAAAUCUCUAAAUCUCUCUAAAU